AUGCCAGCAUGUCACCGAUGUUUCAAUACGAAGGCGCAGAUGUUGAUGCGAAUCAUGGCAGACCUCGCCGCAGAGUUCGACCCGAACCAAUAUCAUUUCGGAGACAUAACUAGGAUUGUGGUUGCCAGGCAUGCUGCUGCCUGCCGUUCACAAGCCGAGAAGAGGAAGCAGGUCCGAGCGGUCAUCGUCAAGAACAGACGUCGUGAGCAAAUUGCAUUGCACCAGGAAGCAUCACGAAAACGAACCCUCCGCGUUGAGAGCCUCCGCGAUUCAAUGGGCGCCGAAGCCUUCAGCGACAUGCUUGAGAGCCAGCAAUGGACGAGGAGAAAUCGAGCCGGCAAUCAGUGGAAUCUGUCUCAGACAUACGCAUGGUGGUGGUCCGAGGAAGGCGAGGCAUACCGGCAAGGCCCACCAUUGCCUCGACGAGAUUUGGUGAUGGAUAACCUCCUUCCUUGCCGAAGUCGGUUGGCCGAUCCCUUGCAGCGGGUUCUGCACUGCCUGACCCUGCAAACACCUGCGGCCAGGGCCGCAUCCGAGAUGGAAAUCGUGGUCUGCAAGGAUGCGCUCCCCCAACUUCUCGCGAGAGCUACAGACCGCAUCAUGGCUCAACAGCUGCCGGAUCUCAAGUGCAAAAGCUUCGUAUCUGCAACUGUGGACUUCGCUCGGGGCGAGGGUGAGCGAGUGCCCUCAGUACACAUCGCCAGCAAGACAGGGCAUCCCGAAGAGCUGGUCCUGCACCCCGACGGCAACUGA